AUGGCGACAUCAUCGACCAAUUCAAUCUUAGUUCUUGGAGCCGGUGAGCUGGGCCACGAAAUUCUAACGUCUCUAGUCAACAACCGUCUCUUCAACACACCUUCAUCUCCAGCAACCAUAAGCCUACUAGUCAGGCCAACAAGUCUCUCGAAUCCCAGUAGCUCAAAGGUCAAACAACAAAAUGUAUAUCGUUCACAAGGAGUCCGACUCGUUCCUGGCGACAUUGACAAUCAAGACCAACUUACAUUGACGGAGCUGUUCAGGCCACACACCACUGUCAUUCAUGCCGGUGGGAUGAAUAGUCCAGCAGGAACGAUUACCAAAAUAACAUGUGCAGUGCUCGGUGCUGGUGUGAAACUUUAUAUGCCGUGGCAGCAUGGAGUGAAUUACGACGCGAUCGGACGAGAAGGUGGCGAGGGUCUGUUCAGUGAGCAAGUUGAUGUGCGGGAUAUCUUGAGAGGCCAGAACGCAACGGAUUGGGUGAUACUCAGUUGUGGCAUCUUCAUGAGUUUCUUGUUCGAGGAGUUCUGGGGGGUGGUUGGGAAGGAAGUCGGUGACGAUGAUCGCGAAAGGAUCAAGGUCACGGCGCUGAAUUCCUGGGAUGACGUUAUCACUACCACGACAGCUGAAGAUAUCGGCCGAUGUGCAGCUGAGCUGAUUUUGGAUCCCGAAGCACCUAGGAAUCAGCCGGUCUAUAUCGCAGGUGACACGUUGACGUAUGGUGAGCUUGCGGACACCAUCCAGAAAGUGACGGGAAAGGAAGUCAUCAAGAAUGUGUGGCCGCUGGAUUAUUUGAGGGAAGAAAGCCGGAAAGCUCCGGAGGACAAGUUGAGAAAGUAUCGGGUCGUCUUUUCGGAGGGGACAGGACUCAGUUGGCCGCUUGAGGGCACCUGGAGUAGGACAAAAGGAUUCGAUAUGGAGAGGGUGGCAGGUUGGAUCAAAAGGAAUUAUCUAUGA